CUCCAUACACUCUACACCACACUGCACUACACUACACUACACGACUUGAAUUAUACAGAUAAACCACCGCAGGAGAGAAGGAACAUCACAUCCCUCUCUCCCACCAAAUCAUGCGGCCAUGCUUAGGAAACCUUCCCUCCACGGCGCCCUCCAGCUCCCGUUCCUACGAGUAAACGCAGCGCCGCACCCAUACUCCUCCCCCAACCAGCGCCACGCCUCCACCAACGCCAAAGACCUCAAUCUCACCUGGCCCACCACCCCGACCUUCACCCCCUACGACCUCCUGCAUCUGGACCAUCACGCCCCCUACACCAAGACCCGAUACUACGACCUCGUGAAGAUCUACCACCCCGACCGCCCCGCCGCCGCCAACCAUCCGCUCCUCGAGAACCUCACCCCGGAACUCCGCAUCCAGCGCUACCACCUCCUCGUCGCCGCGCACGAACUCCUCUCCGACCCCGCCAAACGCGCCGCCUACGACCAGUUCGGCACGGGAUGGACCUGCCAUCCGCACUCAGAACCCAAAAGGCACGAGGAUAUCCCGCCCUGGGCCCGCCCCGGCGGCUCCCGCGACUACAACUACCAUCCCAUCUCCGCGAACGCUACCUGGGAGGACUGGGAGCGCUGGCGCAACCGCCACCAGCCGCGGCAGCAGCAUGCCGUUGAUAAUCGGACGUUCGUGGCGUUUUUGGUUCUGUUGACGCUGCUGGGCGGGGCGUUGCAGGCCUCGUGGAUUGGGAGGUUGAGUAGUGGGGUCGAGGAGCGGUUGUGGGAGGUCACGCAGAUGGAGGAGAGGUUCUUAGCGGGGAGGAGGGAGAAAUCCGUGGCGUUUGCGGCGCAGCAGCAGCAGCAGCAGCAGGAGGGGCCGCAGGGGCAGGGGAGGAAGAGGGCGGGACUGGAGGAGAAGGUGCAGCGAUUUCUGUUGGAUCGCGAUCCGUCGGGGGUGGGGUUGAAGGGGGAGGAAGUGGAGGUUUAUCGCAGGAUCUUUGGGAGGGAUAAGGGUAAGGUGGGUGAAGAUGGCGGUGUUGGAAGUAGUGUUGAGGGAGGUGUUGCUGACCCUCCGGCUGUUGAUACUGCUGGUGCUGCUACUACUGUUGCAGUUUCUCCUGCUGGAGCCACCGACAAGGCUGUGGAGCAUGGUCAGGUGCAAGAUGAAUCGUCUGGUCGUGGCUCUGCGAAAUCAGAGCCUGCUCCCGCAACUUGACUUAGCAUAUUGGGAGUCAUAGUCAGGAUCUGUUGUACAGUAGACUUCACCCCGUACCUGUGGCGUUUGUCAGCCUGCCAGCUUGGCAGGUGUAGCGGCAUUGUCAGAGCCAAGAAGCAAGCUUGGCAAUACGCACUGUACUCUAUACUGCGUAGUACCUGAAGAGAGAAGAGAUUUCAUAAGGACAUACUCCAUGGACAGCUAUCAUCCUUAUGAACAAUGGAG